AUAAAAAUGAUUGGUUAGUCUCUUGUUUUGCUCUUCGCCUCGACCAAUCGCGUCUCCGAUUUCAAGCUUAGUUUGUAAUUUAUUGGUCGCUGAAUGAAACGGCAGUGUCGUUUUGAGCUGGCGGCGAGUGAGCUAAAGUUUUAGCACGGACCCAUACACCCGAGCACCCUGAGGCAUGGGCGAUCCAGCAACACGCAACUUUGCCACCCAGCAAGAGGAGUUGCGCUUCUGGAAGGAGCAAGCGAAUAGACACCAGCAGAGGGCAGAUGAAGUUCAGGAAGAGCUGCAGGAGUUUCAGCAGAUGAGUCGAGACUAUGAAGCAGAGCUGGAAACUGAGCUAAAGCACUGUGAAGCUCGGAACAAGGAGCUGCUACAAGACAACAGCAGACUCCGCCUGGAACUGGAAAACAUUAAGGAGAAAUUUGAGAGUCAGUACACUGAAAAUUUCAAGCAUAUCUCCAACCUGGAGGAAACUCUGGCAGAGACAACAGCAGUUAAAGAUCACCUGCAGAAAUAUAUCAGAGAACUAGAACAGUCCAAUGAUGACCUUGAGCGAACCAAAAGGGCUACCAUCAUGUCUCUGGAGGACUUUGAGCAGAAGAUGAACCAUGUCAUCGAGAGGAACGCUUUUCUCGAGAGUGAGCUGGAUGAGAAGGAGAACCUGCUCGAGUCUGUUCAGAGGCUCAAAGAUGAAGCCAGAGAUCUUCGGCAGGAACUGGCUGUGCGUCAGAAGGAAAGGCGGCCAUCCAGCAGCAUGGGCAAAGACCCCGAUCGAGCAGACCUUCCGUGCCCCUCCGCUAGCAACCCCACCACCCCAGUUACCCCGUCUAAGCCAUCCAGCUCGUUUGCCACACCCCCUGCAUCCAGCAUCUGGCGAGGUGAUGCUUUAACAGGUACUCCUCUCACAACGUCUGCAAGAAUAUCUGCACUGAACAUCGUUGGGGAGCUGCUGAGAAAAGUUGGGAAUCUGGAGUCCAAGCUGGCCUCAUGUCGAGACUUUGCAUACGACACAUCGAGCACCCGACUGGUGCUGCCACCCGCGCAUGCUAGUCCAUGUGGUCGAGAUGGGGGGGCUGACAUCCAAGCCAACAGCAUGAGCCCUCCGCCACAGUAUGACAGUUUAGUGAAGCGGUUAGAGUUUGGACCAGCGCCUCCGCGGGGUGUCUCUCAAGGUGCGCAGUCUCCACAAGGAGGAGUCAAGAUGCUGCUGUGAGGAAACCGCACCUCCUUCCUUCACCUCGCACCAACUCCCUCCCCGUCACAACUGAACUAUGAACAUUGAGCUCGUUGAACCUGAAGCCCGGUUUCUUUGCUCCUCGCUCCAGAUGAUAUGUGGAAUUCUGCUGCCUAAGACACAUUCGUAUCAUAUCACACCACAUCAUGGGACGCAAAGCACCGUUUCAUAAGCGUUAACAUCCACGCUCACUCAUGUCCAUGUGACGAGGAGCUUCAAAACAACGCUGUAUUGACUUGCGCCCUGAAUGUGAGGGAUCACUACCAUUUAACAAACGUCACAAACACGUAAGGGACCCGAAUAUCAGGACCAUUAAAUGACCUAACAACAAUACCAAGUUGCUGUUUAAGUACAAACCAAAGCUGUGAUAAGGGAAAUGUAUAUUUUUCUCAAUAUUUUUAGUUUUGCUUUUAAUCUUUGAAAUAUAAACUUUAGGACUAAUCAACAGUGGCAUCAUUUAAUUUGCAUCUGUGUGAUGCCGCGGAGCUUGAUUUUGGGGGUAAUUUAGAAAAAUGAUGCUGCCGGGGUUCGGUUUUAAGCCAAUGCUGCCUUCCUCCACGUUUUCUUAAUUGGAAUUUUGAUUAGCACACUCACUCUACUGAAUGUAAUAUAAUGGCUCUCCUAAUAACUCUGGACUCAUCCUGUGGGGAGGGAGAAGAAAAAGCAAUAAUAAAUCAGGUUAUUGAGAUGCACUGUUUGUAGGCUAAGUUGUGUGUAGUGGAAAACACUUUACCUACUUUUUGGGGAGAGAUUGUGAAACGGAAUUGGAAUGAAUAAAGCUUUAAUGUAGCGGUUUCCCCCACUUUUAAGCAGUUUCUGGUUAUACUGGAGUCUUCGGUAUGACCGCUUAGUAAUGAUCUGUGCUGUGACCACUGAAAGUACUCAAUGUACUGUUGCGUUCGGUUCCCUGGUGCCUUGUAUCCAUCUGAUGCACUGCACCAAACCAUGAACGCUUUUAGUUUGGAUUGUUUAUCCUGUGAAACUGCUUCAAUUUGACUUGUAAAGUUACUGACCUCCACUUAAACAUUAAAAGAACAAAAUGGUUGGGUUU